GAGCUGACCUCUGACCCUGAGUUCAUCGUGUCUGGAGCAACAAGGACCGACAUCUGUCAGGGAGCACUGGGUGACUGCUGGCUGCUCGCCGCCAUCGCAUCUCUGACCCUGAACCAGGAAGUUCUGGCCCGGGUCGUUCCACACGGACAGAGCUUCAGGGACGGAGAGUACGCCGGAAUAUUCCACUUCCAGUUGUGGCAGUUCGGGGAGUGGGUGGACGUGGUGGUGGACGACCGUCUACCAGUUAAAGAUGACGAGCUGAUGUUUGUCCACUCAGCAGAGGGGACGGAGUUCUGGAGCGCUCUGCUGGAGAAGGCCUACGCCAAGGUGAACGGAUGUUACGAGGCUCUCUCUGGAGGAUCCACCAUUGAAGGUUUUGAGGAUUUCACCGGAGGAAUCGCUGAAGUCCACGACCUGAGUCAGCCAAGUCCACAUCUGUUCCACAUCCUGAACAAAGCUCUGGAUCGAGGUUCUCUGAUGGGCUGCUCCAUUGAUAUCUCCAGCUCCGCUGACUCAGAGGCUGUCACUUCUCAGAAGUUGGUGAAAGGCCACGCCUACUCAGUGACAGGUGUAGCUGAGGUGGAGUACCGUGGGGACAUGGAAAAGCUGAUCCGGAUCCGGAAUCCCUGGGGUCAGGUGGAGUGGACCGGAGCCUGGAGUGACAAUUCCAUGCAGUGGCGUCACAUCAGUGACGAGGACAGAGAACGACUGAGUCAUCGUUCAGAGGACGGAGAAUUCUGGAUGUCGUUCUCUGAUUUCCUGCGUCAUUACUCGAGGGUAGAAAUCUGUAACCUGACACCUGACGCUCUGAGUGACGGUGAUGUCUCUAAGUGGGCGUUGUCCACGUACGAGGGCACCUGGAGGAGGGGCUCGACCGCCGGAGGCUGCAGGAACUACCCCGACACGUUCUGGACAAACCCGCAGUUCGUGAUCAGGUUGGAUGAAGAGGACGACGACCCGGACGACGGCGAGGCCGGCUGCAGCUUUGUGGUCGGUCUGAUCCAGAAGAACCGCAGACGCAUGAGGAAGAUGGGAGAGGACAUGCACACCAUGGGCUUUGCCAUCUAUGAGGUUCCUGACGAGUUCUGCGGUCAGCGCAACGUCCACCUGAACAGGAACUUCUUCCUACGCCACGCCUCCGCCGCGCGCUCCGAAACCUUCAUCAACCUGCGUGAAGUGUGCAGUCGCUUCUGUCUGCCACCGGGGGAGUACCUGCUCGUCCCGUCCACGUUUGAGCCGCACAAGAAUGGAGACUUCUGCGUCCGAGUUUUCUCCGAGAAACAGGCGGAGUUUCAAGAGUUGGAUGACCCCAUCGAGUCCAGAGUGGAGAAGAUUGAGAUGGAUGAAGACGAGGUGGACGAUCGGUUCAGGAGUCUCUUUGGUCAGCUGGCCGGGGGGGAUUGUGAAAUCAGCGUCUUUGAGUUGCAGAAGAUUCUCAACAGAGUUGUGAGCAAACGAUCUGACAUUGAGACCAGUGGCUUCAGCCUCGUGACAUGUCGUAACAUGGUGAACCUGCUGGAUAAAGAUGGCAGCGGGAAACUCGGUCUGGUCGAGUUCAAAAUUCUUUGGACAAAAAUCGAGAACUAUCUGAAGAUUUACCGUGAGAAGGACGUGGAUCAGUCGGGGACAAUGAGCUCGUCAGAGAUGAGAGUGGCAGUGGACGAAGCAGGUUUCAGUUUGAACAAUCCUCUAAACCAGAUCCUGGUGGCUCGUUACAGUGAAGCUGAUCUCACCAUCGACUUUGACAACUUUGUCAGCUGUUUGAUUCGUCUGGAGACAAUGUUUGACACAUUUGACACGUUGGACAAAGUCAGGUCAGGAACCAUCGAGCUGAACCUUCUGGAGUGGCUGAACGUGACUAUGCUCUGAAGAACCAGAACUUGGACCAGGACCUGAUCCUGCAGUGGUGGAAGAUCUGGACUAAAGUGGUUUCAUGUGGUUUGGGGCUGUUUUCCGUUUGUUUAGAUAAUCACACACUAAUCAAUAAAGACGAUCAAUAACA